AACUUUUCUUCUCGGUUUCUCUUCUCCUAGAAUCUGAAAGCAAAAAAAAUGUCAACUGAGAAGCCACCGACGGGCUCGACCAUAGCCCGGACGAGGUCCGACCAGCUCUUGGAGUCACUGGCCGCAGCCUUCAAGUCGUCGUCGUCGUCUCACGGCUCCAUGGACAUCGCGAACGGGUUGACCGCCGGAGGAACACUGUCGAGGAAGUCUUCCCGGCGGCUUUCUGCGGCGUCUCCAGGGAGGAGCUACGGCGGCGGCGGAGGGAGUCACAUAAGAAAAGCGAGGAGUGGGCAGCUCAUGAGGGUGGAAGCGGAUGAGGUGAGCAACGGAGCGGCGCUUAGCAGAGCGUCGAGCGCGUCGCUAGGGCUAUCUUUCUCGUUCACCGGCUUCUCCAUGCCGCCGGAGGAGAUCUCCGACUCUAAACCCUUCAGCGACGACGAGAUGAUACACGAGGACAUUGAAGCAGGAAACAAACAACCAAAGUUUCAGGCAGAACCAACAUUGCCAAUCUAUCUCAAGUUCAGUGAUAUUACAUACAAAGUAGUGAUAAAAGGGAUUACUUCCUCUGAAGAGAAGGAGAUAUUGAACGGGAUAAACGGAAGUGUUGUUCCUGGCGAAGUUCUUGCUCUCAUGGGACCUUCAGGGAGCGGAAAAACCACGCUUUUGAGUCUGCUCGGAGGGCGGCUACCUCAGCCUUGUGUCGGAGGAUCCGUCACUUACAAUGACAAGCCUUAUUCCAAGUUCUUGAAAAGCAAGAUAGGAUUCGUGACACAAGACGACGUUCUGUUCCCGCAUCUCACCGUGAAAGAGACGUUGACUUACGCCGCCCGCUUACGCCUUCCCAAGUCUCUAACGAGGGAGCAGAAGGAGAAACGAGCGCUUGAAGUCAUUCGUGAGCUGGGCUUGGAGAGGUGCCAAGACACUAUGAUCGGAGGUUCAUUCGUGCGCGGAGUUUCCGGCGGAGAGAGGAAGAGAGUCUCUAUCGGAAACGAGAUCAUCAUAAACCCGUCAUUGCUAUUCCUCGACGAACCCACAUCUGGUUUGGAUUCAACCACUGCUCUAAGAACCAUUCAGAUGCUACAUGACAUUGCAGAGGCGGGCAAAACCGUGAUCACGACGAUACACCAACCAUCAAGCAGACUCUUCCACAGAUUUGACAAACUGAUUCUACUGGGGAAAGGGAGCUUGCUCUACUUUGGGAAAGCAUCCGAAGCCAUGGUGUAUUUCUCUUCCAUAGGAUGUUCACCCCUCAUCGCCAUGAACCCCGCGGAGUUCUUGCUCGAUCUUGCGAACGGCAACAUCAACGACAUCUCGAUACCUUCCGAGUUAGAGGACAAAGUCCAGGUGGGCAACUCAGGAAGAGAAACCCAAGACGGAAAGCCAUCCCCUGCUGUUGUUCACGAGUACCUGGUGGAGGCAUACGAGACGAGAGUGGCGGAAGAGGAGAAGAAGAAGCUGAUGGAUCCCAUACCACUGGACGAGGAGGUGAAGGCGAAGAUGAUGUGUCCGAAGCGUCAAUGGGGGGCGAGCUGGUGGGAACAGUACAGCAUGUUGUUCUGCAGAGGAAUCAAAGAGCGCCGGCACGAUUAUUUCAGCUGGUUGAGAAUCACGCAAGUCAUCUCCACUGCUGUUAUCUUAGGGUUACUCUGGUGGCAAUCCGAUGCUCGCACCCCUAGAGGACUUCAAGACCAGGCGGGUUUGCUCUUCUUUAUCGCGGUGUUUUGGGGAUUUUUCCCCGUCUUCACGGCCAUAUUCACGUUCCCUCAAGAACGCGCGAUGCUGAGCAAGGAGAGGGCGGCGGAUAUGUACAGAUUGAGCGCUUACUUCCUCGCGAGAACCACGAGCGAUCUCCCUCUUGACAUGAUUCUUCCGGUGCUCUUCCUCCUCGUCGUCUACUUCAUGGCUGGUCUAAGGCUAAGCCCCGACCCCUUCUUCUUGAGCAUGCUCACUGUCUUCCUCUGCAUUGUCGCCGCUCAGGGGCUCGGGUUAGCCAUCGGGGCAACACUGAUGGACCUAAAGAAAGCUACGACUCUUGCUUCAGUGACUGUCAUGACCUUCAUGCUCGCCGGUGGAUUCUUUGUCAAGAAAGUUCCGGUUUUCAUCUCGUGGAUACGUUACAUCUCCUUCAAUUACCACACCUACAAGCUUCUUCUCAAAGUGCAGUACCAAGACCUUGCCAGAUCCAUCAAUGGCGUCAGAAUAGACAACGGGUUGACCGAGGUUGCUGCGCUCGUCGCCAUGAUCUUCGGGUACCGGUUUCUUGCUUAUCUCUCGCUCCGGCGGAUGAAGAUCGGAACAUGACCCUUCAUCACAUAAAACACAUGACAAAAACAGUAAAGUGACAAACAGACAGAAGAGAAACAUUGAUGAAAUCUGGUUCGCGACAAGAUUCAUCAGAUUGGUCCCAAAGUCGCCAUUAAUGCUUGUGAAGUGUGAUGAGUUCAUGAUCUCUGAAACGGCUCUUCCGGUCGAACGUUUCGGAGUAAACAAAGGAAGACGGAACACAAGAAGCCGAAUCCUUUUGAUCUGUAGAGAAAGAGAGUGAAAUUAAGCAUGGUGAUGGUUGGGUUUCUUUGAUUACAGGAUAAUAUGUGAUAUUUUACGGAAAUAUAAUACGUGGGUUUUUUUUUCCUAACUAUGGGGAUUGAAAAGAUUUUGUGAAAGGGGUGAAUUAUAGAAAGUUGAUGUAAAAUCCCAAUCGUUACAGGAA